CCAGAGACAGACUUCUCAAGCGUUUCGACUCAUUCCGCACAUGAAUUUAGUGAUUGGUUCAAAUGAGUUGAGAGCUCUAUAGAGCUUAUUCUCGACCGUCUCUGGUUUGCAGGGGCUCAUCAUACAUUUAAUAGCCAACGUUGUGUUUAUGUGCAGACUAACGAUUGGAAAGCAUUUGGCGGUUUUAAACGCUAUCAUUAAAGCACCAUAUUUGUCCCGUUGUGGACUCGGCGACCCGGCUGAACUUGUGACGUCAUUAGUCGGCGCCUCUUCACCGUCGGCUCGAUACCGCUUUCUGUGGCUAGCUGUAUUGGUCAUGGAGUGUCCUCAUCUCAGCUCCACUGUGUGUGUGGCCGUGGAUCCAUCUCGAUUCCCUCACGGUUCACCUUCUUCAUGGUGCUGCAGCGUUUGCCGGUCAAAUAAAAGUCCCUGGGUUUGCCUCACCUGUCUGAAUGUGCAUUGUGGAAGGUAUGUUAAUGGCCAUGCCAAGAAGCAUUUUGAGGACGUUCAGUGUUCACCAACUGGUCAAAAGAAAACGGAGAAGUUUCAACAACAUUCCCUGUGCAUGGACUGCAGCAGUUACAGUACGUUCUGUUACAGAUGUGAUGACUUUGUGGUGAACGACACCAAACAGGGCCAGGUGCAGAGGGUGAGGGAGCAUCUUCAGAGUUUGGAAAACUCUGUGAUGAAUUCUGACAGACAGAGGAAAAGAAAACUCUCAGGGAGUUCCUCUCCAGAUCUUAGAGUGUCAGCAGAUAGUGAUGGCCCUCCAGCUCGGAGUGCCACUGGCCUCCGCAACCUUGGCAACACGUGCUUCAUGAACGCCAUCCUACAGUCCCUUGGUAACAUUCCCAAAUUUAGUUGCUAUUUUAAAGACUUGCCGGCAGUGGCGCUACGGAGCGGAAAAACUGCAGGAAGGAGAAUGUACCACACCCGAAGCCAGGGGGACAGCAGUGUGUCUCUGGUCGAGGAGCUCAGGAAAACCCUUUGUUCUCUUUGGCAGGGAAGUCAGACUGCCUUUAGCCCAGAUGCUUUAUUUUAUGUCAUCUGGAAAAUAAUGCCAAGUUUCAGGGGCUAUCAGCAGCAGGAUGCUCAUGAGUUCUUGCGUUACCUUUUGGAUCACCUCCACAGAGAACUGCAGGGCAGUAAGAAUGGCUUGCCGGGGUCUAGCCUGCCCCCAGACACCCCAAACCUCAACUCAGGAAGCAAAUGCAGCAUUAAUGGGCCUCCCACGAUGGUCACUGCUAUAUUCGGUGGUGUCUUGCACAAUGAAGUAAACUGCUUAAUAUGCGGCACAGAGUCGAAGAAAUUUGACCCGUUUUUAGACCUCUCCUUGGACAUUCCAAGCCAGUUCAGAGUGAAAAGGACAAAAGACCAGGAACCAGGGCCAAUCUGCACUUUGGCUGACUGUCUUUCUAGUUUUACUGACCUGGAGGAGCUAGAUGAAACUGAGCUCUACAUGUGCCAUAAGUGUAAAAAACGGCAAAAGUCUACUAAGAAGUUCUGGAUCCAGAACCUGCCUAAGGUCCUGUGUUUGCAUCUAAAGAGAUUCCACUGGACCGCUUUUCUAAGAAAUAAAAUUGACACUUAUGUGGAGUUCCCACUGCGAGGCCUUGACCUGAAGUGCUAUUUACUAGAGGCUGAAAACAGUUCUCCUGAGACUUGCCUGUAUGACCUUGCAGCAGUAGUGGUGCAUCAUGGAUCUGGGGUGGGAUCAGGUCAUUACACAGCAUAUGGUCUUCACGAGGGCUGCUGGUAUCACUUUAAUGACAGCACAGUGACUGUAGUCAAUGAGGAGACAGUAGCCAAAGCCAAGGCCUAUAUUCUGUUCUACACAGAGCGAACAGAGCCAGACAACACCGGCUUUGUGACCAAGCCGAAGCUUUAAUCAGCCUUACUGAACCAUGAAGCCUUCAGAAUGAUAAUCACCCUUUCCUCCACACAUUUCACACUGAGCUUCAGUUAAUAUUUCACCCGUAGCACCACUAUCACACCUCAGUAAAAAAAAAAAAAAAAAACCUGAAUGCUGCUGUGUUUAUUAUAUUAAGAAAACAUUCCUAAUUUUGCCUUUUUUUGUUUUUGUCCAAAGGUAAAUCUUGUGUACUAGUGGGCAGUGUAGCAGAAACUGGAUCAGAUGAAAUGACAGUGUUGUAAUUUUAUUUUAAUAAUGUCUGAUAUUGGCCAUCUCUUCUUUUAACAUUAGACAACUUUUGGUUACUUAUAAAGUUUUUUUUAUGUAAACAAACUAAAUUAAUGUAUUUUCCUACUGCUGUUUGUUGGGAUUGAAACUUGAACAAUCAUAAUUUGUGUAAAGUUGUUUCAGGUUUUUUUCUUCCCCCCUUUGUAUUGCACAAGUAGUUUGCUUUAACAAAGUAUCACCUUAUAAAUGUGAGACAUUUUUAGAAAGGGAAAAUGUUGGGUCAUUACAUUUUAGUUAUUUAUACUGUUUUAACAGGAGUAGCCAUAACUUUUGCUUUAAACUUUGAUUCUACCAUCACCCAGUUGAGAACUCAUGAUUUUAUGUGAUUGUUUUUAAAAGCACUAGAGAGAUGCCAGUUAUAGAAAAGUAGGCAGUGUUUUUGAAAACAUGCAGCAUUGAAAUAAUCUGAGAACUUCAGUUCCAUUUCAGUCUCAUACUGAAGAGUUUCCUCACAUCGGUUUAAAUUGAUCACUUAUUGUCUUUGCUCUGAAUCAGAAAGUGACUUAACCGUAAUGAAAUUGCUAUGAAAAUCUUGUAAAUCUUGUGGUAAGUAAGGAAAUGGAAUACUUUGUGUUCUCCAAAUGUUUCCUACUCAUGAAAAACACCCUUUUCAAAUGUUAAUGUUUUCAUGAUUGUCUUGGGAAUUGUUUUUUAAUUUUGGCAUGCACCAUAAUCUCUGCUGUAACACUGUGCUUAAAAUGAUCCCUGCAUCAGUAAACACUUUCCAGCAAUUUCCACUUUA